UUUUUAUUGUUUUUUCGAUGCAGGAUGUUAUUGAACUUUUUAAUCUAUCUGAAUAUUAUUAUCGUAAUAUAGUGAGAAGUGGUGAACAGUAGUUUAUAAACCAAGCGCUUUUCGGAACCUUAACAAAUCGUUCACAAUGCUGGGUAGCUGGAGAAGCUGGUGCCGCCUGUGUGCCAGCGAAUGUGCUGUCUUCAAUCUGGAGUCACUCGACGAACUUAACGAGAUUAUUAUGAGGCACUUUAACUUUUCGCUACAAGAAAUAGUCGAUGUAAGCAAUUGCAUUUGCGAGGAGUGCUACAAUUUCGUGAAUAAACUGGAACGAUUCAAGGAGCGUUGUUCACAGACUAACAAGAUGUUGGCAGAGUUAUGUGGGGCCAAUGGCGAAGAGUUGCUGGAAAGUGAUCUUCAGGAUUUAAGGUUCCGUUUCCUGAGUGAUUCUAUUGUCCUCUUGGAUGACGAAAAGGAUGAGAAGAAUUUUAUCCAGACGGUUGCUUCUUCUGACAUGGGUUCGAUGAACGCGGGUACGUUAGACCAGGGUGUUGACACAAGUGAUCUGGUUGAGCAGGAAUUAGUUGGAUUAAAAAUCGAAAAGAUGUCCUCGGAAACAUCGGAAGAUUGCCGAAUGUCAUCGGUGAAUCAAUUAACGGAAAAAUCAAAAUCGAAGGAAGAAAAAGUUUUAACAAAACUGGAAUCCGAGGAAUGUGAUGACUACGAUGCAGACCAUGUCCAGUAUGAUGAUGAUAUUGAAGAUGACAGUAAAUCGGAAGAGGAAGCUUCAAAAAAAUUUACAAAAGGCAAUAGACGGAAAGUUAGGAAAAAUAAUUGUGCAUCGUUGCCAGACGAUACCGAUAAAAUUAAAGAAUGUUUGGUAGGCUGUGAAUCGUGUGAUGAAACAUUUCGCACACGUUCAUUGUACAUUUACCAUCUGCAAUCGAAACAUCCCGAUUCCGCAGAACUUUCACAUGGUUGCUCGAUGUGUCCAAAGCGAUUUCCCUCCGAAAAGAAGGCCAAACUCCACGAGUGCGUGCACUUACCGAGCGACCAAAAAAUGCUUCAUCCUUGCAGUUAUUGUGAUAAAAAAUUUAGCAAAUUGGUGAAUGUGCAAGCUCACAUAAAGACAGUCCACAUCGGGGAGCGUCCAUACAUUUGUGAGGAAUGUGGGAAGGCUUUUGGAACAAAAGGUGCAUUGAAAGAACACCAAAUAACCCAUAGCGACGAAAAGCCUUUUCAAUGUGCUCAUUGUCCUAAGAGAUUUAAAAACUUACCACGGUUGAAGACUCAUGAAGAUAUUCAUAACGACACGUUGUACGUCUGCCCUCACUGCGGGCUACAGUUGAACACGAAACGAACACUAAAAAUGCACUUGGUGGUACAUUCGGACCAGAAGAAGUUCAAAUGUCAGUAUUGCGGCAACGAGUACAAACGUUCGAAAGCAUUGAAGACCCACUUGAUUUUGCAUACUGGCAUGCGGCCGUAUCACUGUCCGUUUUGCGAGAAAACAUUUGCCAAUGGGUCAAAUUGCAGAAGUCAUAAGAAGAAGGCUCACCCGAAAGAACUGGCUGCGUUAGAAGCCUCGGGAGAGCAAUCGCGUGCCACUAAUAUCCCUAAACUGAACCAACUGCAGCCAAAACCACUGCAGACGAGUCCCGCUCCGGAUGAUUCCGCAAACAGCACAUCUACUAUGUCGCAACCCCUCGGGACCACUGUGCCACCAGUUGACACCGAAUCGACGGAUGAACUGUUACUUACUCGUAAUGUUCGUUUAGUUACAGCAUUUUAUCACUCCCAAAGCGAACCACCGCCGUUGAACAUUAUAAGAACAACCGUUAAAAGCGAGCAAAGAAAGGUCGAACCAUCGAUACUGGUGACACAGCAACAUGCACAUGAAACAUCAGUUGGACCAAUACCAUUCGGUGAGAUGGUAACUCUUCCACCGCUGCAGCUCAUUUCGACUAAUAAGCCGUGAGUGGUUUGUUGCUGAAAUCGUGUUUAGUUUUAGAUGGAAUUUUAUAAUAUAUA